UCACGAAUUUUAUCGUCGUUUCGCCACGAGCACUGAAUACUCCUACUAGGGUUUUUGUGAGAACUCGUUUGAAGAUUCCACUGCCGAAUCAUCUCUCCAAUCUCCAUGGAUCUUUCAAAUCUUAACUCACCUGAAAUGCAGCAAUUUUACUCUCAAGAGCAGCAAUUAGCCAUGGUUAAUGAAAUGGUGGCAAAGCUGACAAGCACAUGCUGGGACAAAUGCAUCACUGGUACACCUGGGAGUAAGUUCAGUUCCAGUGAAUCUACUUGUCUUUCAAACUGUGCACAUCGUUAUCUUGAGAUGAGCGUCCUUAUCAUGAAAAGGUUUCAGAGUAUGCAGUGAAGAUCAUGAGCUGUCAUAUUUUAACUUCUUAAUGUUUAGCAGUUUUAAGAAUUAUUUUAUCUUCUCAAUUACUUUUUUUUCUUUUUGGCAUCUCUGAAAUUUGGAGGGGGGAAAAGUUGUAUAACUAUGAUGAAUAUUUGAUAUUCUACAACUUAUAGCUUGUGUGACUGGGAAGUGUGAAGGACGGAUGGAUCUUUAUUUUAAGUUGUCAAACAAGCAACGAAAAUGGGGUUUCGGUCUGUGAUGCUGCCAUAUAAGCAGUCAUAAGUACAUGGUUGAUAUAUUAUUCAACCGCACUGGUGGAUUUUAUUUCUCUGUUAUGCACAAAUGAAU